AGAACACGGUUUUUACAUGAAACCAACAACACUCUCUCUUCAAAACCAAUCCAUCACACGGUGGCUGUAGCCCUCAGAGAGAGAUAGAGAGAUUUCUCAAUCUCAACCCUAAUAAUCAUGGCUCAAGCACAGCCCCAUCGCAAUAUCGAAGGAGAAGAAGAAGAAGAGCAGCAUGAAAAAAUCUCACUUCAUGAUGUGGAAUUGAAAGUUUCUAUCAAAUCCAAAUCUUGUGAGACUGUUAGUAGUAGCAGUAGUACUAGUUCGCCCUUCAAAUUCAAUGUUCAGGCACCUGAAUUCGUCCCAAGAUCUCAUACUCCGGCCCCCGCCGCUCAGACCCAGAUGCCAAUUUCUGGUUAUUUUUAUCCUUGCUUUCAUUAUCUUGGACCUACUGCUGGAUCUGAUUGGUUUUUCCUUGGGGAACAAGACCCUCAUGCCUAUUUGAUCUCUAAUCCAAAUCUUGCUUUGCCCAAUUCCUCCAAUAAGACUACUCUUCUUACUGAUGAUCUUCGCCAAAAGAUCGUCAAACAGGUGGAGUACCAGUUCAGUGACAUGAGUCUUCUUGCAAAUGAAUCCAUGUCUAAACACAUAAGCAAAGAUCCUGAAGGUUAUGUACUGAUAUCUAUCAUUGCUUCCACGAAGAAAAUGAAAUCCCUCGUCAAUAAUAACCAUUUGCUUGCCCAAGCACUUCAGUCCUCCUCAAAACUUGUUGUUAGUGAAGAUGGCAAGAAAGUUAAACGUAAAAUCCCUUUUACUGAAAAAGACAGAGAAGAAUUGCAGUGUCGUACUGUUGUGGUGGAGAAUUUGCCUGAAGAUCAUUCCCACCAAAACCUUGAGAAAAUAUUUAGUGUGGUUGGAAGUGUAAGAACCAUCAGAAUAUGUCAUCCUCAAGAAUCCAAUUCUUCUCGUAGUAAAAGUGAUUUCUUCAUGAGCAACAAGCUACAUGCACUUGUGGAGUUUGAGGAUCCAGAUACAGCAGAAAAGGCAGCUGAGAAGUUGAAUGACGAAAGGAAUUGGAGGAAAGGCCUUCGAGUUAGACUGCUGCCCAGAUCCUCACCAAAAUCUGUUCUCAAGAGCAGAAAGUCUGAAUUUGAUGGUCUUUUGGAUGAAGAAGAGCUUCCAGUUCCUGAAUCAAAUGGUGAUUCUUCUCAAAUGCACAAUGCAGAAUCUGUCACUGAGACUAAUGUGGAAGAAAAUUCUGGGGCAUUGAAGAAGGGAUGGGCAAGAGGUCGGGGAAAGGGCAGAGGCCGAGGUCAAAUCCAUGGUGGGCGAGGCCUUCUUGCGUCUUCUCCACAGCCUGUUAGCUCUCCUCAGUGUGAAGCGUCUGGUAAAAGUACCUUCAGGGGUCCAAGAAUGCCAGAUGGAACCAGGGGUUUCACCAUGGGUCGUGGGAAGCCAGUUGGAAGUCCAGCUCUGGCCAGUCCAAUGGUGGAAUAAAUGGGUAUUUUUGUUUAUAAUCAAUUCAUUACUAUUAAGCUGCUCAACAUUUUUUCUAUAGCUAGAGAAGCAAGAAUUGGUCAUGGAGCCGAUAACGUUUGGCCUGUUAUAUGACUUUAGGCACUGUGGAUGGUUAUUAAUAAUCUGAGGUGUAUAGUAUGGUGUGUCUUGUGACGACCGCUGUUGGCAUUGCAAUAUUCUCCUUGGACGACGUUUUUGGAUGGUUUGUUGUUCUGGUUGGUUAUUCCCUGAUUGUAUAAACUCUUUGAAUAAUGAAUUAGAGGGAUACAUCUCUCUCUCUCUCUCACAUUGUUGCCGUCAGUGAGAUAAAUCGCUUUUUAUAUUCUCUAUGUUGUGUUUGCAUAGAUUGGCUAUCUAUGUUUUAAAUGGAAGAUAGUUUCCUAACUAUGGGUGCAAUAAGUGCAACUUUUUCCUCCAUGGAUUAUGCUUGGACAGAAGGCGAGAAAUGGAAUCACCUUUUCAGCGCCUGCAAGCUCAACCAGGUCCUUCUUUCGAUGCCUGCAAUAGUGGAAUCACUCUUUAACUUAUCGCUGCACAGAGACUGUAGUGCUGGAUAUUCAACGGAGGAUAAAUUGAAUGACAU